CAUACUCUCACGGGCCAUUGCGGAAAAGUGAUGGCGGCAAAGUUUCUUGGCGAACCGACAAAAGUAGUCACAGGCAGUCACGAUCGCACUCUUAAAAUCUGGGACCUCCGCAGCAGAGCUUGCAUAGAAACGAAAUUUGCUGGUUCGAGUUGCAAUGAUCUCGUCACGUCGGAUGGUUCUGGUUCGACAAUAAUCAGUGGCCACUUUGACAAAAGGAUACGGUUUUGGGAUACCAGAGCCGAAUCAAGCUCCAAUGACAUACCUUUGCAGGGGAAAAUCACUUCUUUGGAUCUUUCUCGUGACGCAAAUUAUCUUCUAAGCUGUGUGAGGGAUGAUACGGUCAAACUCCUAGAUCUACGAAUGAAACAGAUUGUUGUCUCUUUCAGUGCUGAUGGCUUCAAAGUGGGCUGUGAUUGGGCACGGGCAACGUUCAGUCCUGAUGGCCAGUAUAUCGCUGUUGGUUCUUCCGACGGGUCCAUCUAUGUCUGGUCUGUCUUGACAAGCAAAAUUGAAACUGUGCUGAAGGAUCACUCGGCAGCAGUAACUGCAGUAUCCUGGCAUCCCCAUGGCACCUACUUGGCAUCCGUAGAUCGAGCGAAAAAGGCCACGAUAUGGGGUGACCACGUCUGACGGGAGGAGUCUUCCUGAAAUGGACAAUCAGUCUCCUCACUUAAUUUCUCGAAAGUCCUUUUUCAGGAUCGAACUAUAUGGAUGAUAGAACGAAGAGUAUAUUACAUGUUAAAUACAGUAUCUUCUCAAGAGAUUAUAAUAAAAAUCCUACGAGGGAAUCUGCUUUUACAACCGUUAAAUCGAAGACAAAUCGAUCGAGGCUCUUGAAAACAAGUUUCAAGGUUGCAAGGUUAUGAUCAUCCUUGAGUAUUGCUCAGUGAUCAUUUUUAAAACCCAUACACCAAAGAGCUGUGAAUUUUGUCCAUUGUAAAGUCCCUAAUAGAUUGUUUAGAAGCCGUACGUGUUUAAGUUUCCAUGAAAAGAUAUCUGAAUGUCGAUCGUAAAAGGGCGCAGUUGUCGAAAUUUUCUUUUGUGGUAAAUGAAAAAUAAAAUUAACUUCCUGCUGCUUCCGUAACAUGAGUAUACUGUCAAAAUUUUAAGCAUAGAUCAAAGUAUAACCUCCACAGAUAGAACAUACGUCCGACUGCUUUGGUUUGUAAGACAUGCCGCUACUACUUAAUUGUGCUUGCAAAACAUUUUUCUUGUUAGUAAUCACACAAAUAAGAAAAAUUGUUGCGCCAACUAAGAAGUUAGCAGCGGCAUAUUUCACAAACCAAAGUAGUUGAUCCCACUGUACAAUUUUUCAAAUAUUUGAUCUUCAAGCACGAAUAUCUCGAAAACUGAAGCCCAUAAAUGAGCCUUUUUCUGUGAGAGAUUCAAAUAUGACUUCGAAUUAAGAAACAAAUAAUCAAAUUUCUUUUAAUUUUUUACUGAAAUAUAUUUUUGUUUUUAAGAUUGAAGAUAGUAGAGAGGAAAUAUCAACAAGUUUCAAAGUCACACUAAAGUCACAAUAUGAGGCGGUCAUAAAGGAGAUAGGUUUGAUUUUAGAUUCUAACCUUACUCAAUUGUCGAUGUAUUUUUUACGACUAUUUUCUCUUUCGAUAGGUACGUCACAUGUAGAUACUUCUAAGACAUUAGAAACGUCGAGGCGAAUUUUGUAAAAAGAAUUUCCAUUACUUGUUGGUCCUUUCAGUUUGUCAAAAAGUCAGCUCGCGUCGGAUUUGUUCGCAAUAAAAUUUGAUAUAUUCAAUAUUCUUGCUUGAAUUUAGUAGGAGUUCCAGAAAGCUAAAAUUAAACGACGACUUUUAAUUUUAAUUUACUGCGAAACUGCGUUUUAAUAGGAAUUCUUCUAAACUGCUGGAUUUUGAUAAUUAUAUAUAAACAAACUACUUUACGAGGUAAGUUGACAUAGUUGUAUUUUAUAAUUUAGAAGAAUUUUAGUAAAAUUGAAGAUAAGUAUGAAAAAAGCGAGCAUGAUAUUACUGCGUAAAACAAAUAUUAACAGAUUUAUAUGAGAACGAUAAGAUCAUAAAGUACACGAAAUCCAUAUGAGAUUUUAGUUAACGAUAAUUUUAGAAUUAAUUUAUAAUGGUUAGGGAUUAACGACAAUUAAAACUUACGAAUUUUUAUAGGCGCAUAUGAGAUUACACAAGUACUUGAUAACUUUUCAUAAAAUUUAUUUAUAAUGCGUUUAGUGAAUAUAAAUCACAGUUUAACAUGAAAGUUGAUUGUAAUUUGCGCCCAGCUCUAAAUUAUGGGAUUGAGGGGAUUUAUACUGUUCUCGACGAAUAAGUAAUAAUAAAGAUGGUACAAAGUUUGUAUGAAAUAAGAUAUAAUUGCACAAAUAAAACAAUUUGUAAAAAUUUUAGAUUUAAACAAUGAUAUUCGGGCGCUUUUUACUACAAGUGAAAAAAUUGUGGUAUUGGUAUCUCUAUAUUUGUGCCAGAAUUUUCAGACAACGUAACAGCAUCUACUAUCUCUGACGGGAUACUUUAUCUUUUAUACUGUAACAUGAUGUAUCUUAAGCCGAAUCACGUCCAAUUAGUUUGUUACCGUUGCGCUAUCAGCAAUACAUUAGAUGUUUUAAGCUCUCACUGGGUCCGGUCACUUAGGCGGGCUGAAAUAUAU